CAAAUGUUGUGAUCAUUACCUUUAUUGUAUCAUUUUUCCUAGUCUUUACCCUUACAAAAGAUAUUCCAGAUGUGGAAGGUGAUAUGAAGCACAAUAUACGAACAUUCGCUGCGAUAUUCGGACCCAAAAAUAUUGCAUUACUUGGCACUGGUAUGCUAUUCGUAAAUUAUAUGGUUCCUAUAGUGGCUGCAAUUUAUAUGCCUCAUGCUUUUAAGCGUCAUGUAAUAUUGCCCGCUCAUUCAAUCCUCAUAUUGUUGUUAUUUUCACAGUUUAAGAAGUUGGAAAAGGCAAAUUAUACCAAGGAAGCAAGCACAACUUUCCACACGUUCCUUUGGAAGCUUCUCAUAUUUGAGUUUCUCUUGAUUCCUUUCAUUUAGCAAAUUACUGCCAAAUUUUUAAUUGUUUUUUCCGUUAUCCGUAGAAGACAGUGAGUGAUCACGAGAGAUUUGUGAGAUAUUCGUUAAGAUAUCAACCAACCAAAGACAGUGAAUAUAUUUGUGAAUGGUGUAAGUCAGUGAAUAUAUUUUACCUUGUGGGUUGAUUGGUGUUGGAGCUGCUGCCUUAAGCAGAGAAUAUCAACCAACCAAAGACAGGUGAAAAGUACAAAACUUAAAAGACCGAGUAGUAAAUAGGCCAAUAUGAAGUGCAGCGGCCAAAAAAGAGAAACGU